GUCCCCGGAAGUGACAUCACAGGCGGGAAAAUGGCGACUUCACAAGGACCGAUGGUGAUCGCGAUGCGGCUUCGAAACCAGCUCCAGUCUGUGUACAAGAUGGACCCGCUGAGGAAUGAGGAAGUGGUGAAGGUUAAAAUCAAGGAGCUGAACGAGCACAUUGUGUGUUACCUGUGCGCCGGAUACUUCAUAGACGCCACCACCAUCACCGAGUGUCUGCACACGUUCUGCAAGAGCUGCAUAGUGAAGUACCUACAGACCAGUAAGUACUGCCCGCUGUGCAACAUCAAGAUCCAUGAAACCCAACCGCUGCUCAACCUGAAACUGGACCGCGUCAUGCAGGACAUCGUGUACAAGCUGGUGCCCCGGCUGCAGGAGAAUGAAGAUCACAGGAUUCGUGAGUUCUAUCAGUCACGUGGCCUGGAGCGUGUCCUGCAGACCAGUACUGUGGAGGAUCCAGUGGUGGAUGUCUCUCGGCUGUCUCUAUCUCUGGCUGUCUCUCAGAGCACAUCACACUAUUACAGGAACGAUGAAUACGUCAGUCUAUGCCUGGAGAAAACUGGAUCUGGCAAGGAUAAGAAGAAGUUAAUUCUGCAGCAGAAGUAUGUCAGAUGUUCGGUCCGCUCAGAGAUCAGCCACCUGCGCAGAGUCCUUGCUCACCGGCUUGGUGCCUCAUUACUGCAGGUUCAUCUGAUGUUUGACAACAAGCUCCUCCCAGAUCACAUGACCAUGAAGCAGCUGUGGCUGACACAUUGGUAUGGGAAGCCAGCGCCUCUGGUUCUGUUCUACAACGUGAAGGAGAAGAGGAGGUGACACAGAGCCCGGGGCCCCGAGUACAGCCACAUAUGUAAAUAGGAGGCGCUACACUUCUAGGCCUGCCCGCGCCUUCCCUCUGCCGCACACGGGGGGCGCUGGACUCCCACAGCUUAUUUUUAGAAGGGAAAGUUUAUUUUAUGUUUUAUUUAAUUAUUAAAAAAUUCUUUUG